AUGUCCGCCGCCGUCGCUCCUUUUCCCCCCUUUCAUGAAGGGAAUAUAAAGAACUGGUUCUUACAAAUGGAAGCCAUUUUCACAGUCAGAAGGAUUACAGACCAAAAGACCAAGUUUGGCCACGUGGUGGCGGUUUUGCCACCCGCCAUUGUUGAUGAGGUCUCAGACUUCCUAGAAGCCGUUCCUGAAGUAGAACCCUACGCGCGGUUAAAAGAAGCAAUCUUAAGGAGAAUGGGCCGUACAGAGGAGUCGUUAAUCCGGGAACUAUUUAGCAACCUAACUUGUGAUGGCAGGACUCCCUCCCAACUUCUUCGUUAUAUGAAAAGCCGACUCGGCAAAAAUACCAUGGCCGACUCUAUAUUAAAAAGCUUGUGGCUGGACCGUCUCCCCACCACCAUAACCCAAAUUUUGGCGCCAAUGUCCGAAAACACCUCGAUCGAUCAAUUAGCGGACGCCGCGGAUCGUAUUUUCUCGCAACUGGAUAAUCAGACAACGCCGGUACACAGUGCUGAAGCGACUGGAGACCACAGGUCCUUGGAAAAAACAGUCGAGGAAUUGCAGCGCCAAGUUAAGGAUUUAACAUUAGCUCUAAAGAGCCGUGGUCGAAGCCGGUUCCCUUCCGCCGGCGCUUCAGAAGUCGACCACGCUCGUCCAGCCGAGAUAAGGAUGCCACUCCUACUAUGUGUUACUACCACCGAAGAUUUGGGUCUAAAGCUUAUUACUGCGUCAAGCCGUGUACUUAUACUGCGGUCGCGGAAAACAAAACCGCCAGCGAGUGAAAGCGACUAA